AUGACUGGAAAAGAAAAACACGGCACGACCGUGUACAACAAAUUGGUCACUGUAGCCGUGGCCUUAGGGUCUCUGACAUACGGUUAUUCCUCCUCGAUAAUAGGGAGCACCAUUGGCCAGCCGGGAUGGUACUCAUUCUUUAACCUACCUGAGGCCGGUGAGCCAGGUUACACAACUACCACAACCGAGGCUAUCGCGACGGCGAAUGGCCUGUACAGUGCGGGCGGUGCUGUCGGUAGUCUUUUUAUCGCAUGGUCAGCUACUUCACUUGGUCGGAAGAAGAAUAUCCAAUUGGGAGCACUACUUGCCCUCAUUGGAGGUGCACUACAAGGCGGAGCAGCGAACCUUAGCAUGUUUCACGCCGGCCGUUUCAUUGCUGGCCUUGGAAUCGGUAUCCUAGUCACAGUUUGUCCAAUGUAUCUAUCCGAGCUGGCACCUCCUAGCAAUCGAGGUUGGCUCGUCGGCCACCACGCAAUAUUCUUAGUCUUUGGCUACGUUCUGGCUUCCUGGUUAGGUUUCGCCUGCUAUUUUGCAACCGACAAAAAUCCUUCAUUUGCAUGGAGAUUCCCUCUCAGCAUGCAAUGCUUUGGACCAUUGAUCUUAUUGCUCACGUCAGUUUUUAUUCCGCGGUCUCCACGGUGGCUACUGCAAAAGGGAAAGAUUGAAGAAGCUUGGGGUGUGCUAGUAAGACUGCGAAAGACGCCUUCUGAUGUCGAUGAUCUGGCGGCGAGGGAAGAAUUGUAUCAGACGAGAAAACAACUGGCCUUGGAUCAAUCGAAACUUCAAAGUCUUGGGUAUGGGCCGUGGAUGGCAGUCCUUAAGAAGAAAAGCUAUCGCAAGCGGAUUAUCAUUGGAUUUUUGACUCAAUGGGGAGCCGAAUUUGCUGGUCCACUAGUUAUCAAUAACUACUCUGUCAUACUUUACACGAACUUGGGACAGACUGGCUACAUGCCUCUCCUUCUUUCAGCCUUGUGGCUCACUACUGCAGGGUUUAUUUACAAUCCGCUAGGUGCCUGGCUUCAUGACCGCGUCAACUCUCGCCGCUGGAUGUUCAUUGUAGGUUUGAUAGGAUGCUUAGUGACAACCUCCGGUCUGGCUGGAUGCGUCGCUCGCUACGCUGGUACGACGAAUAAAGCCGGGAAUGCGGCGGGKGUCUUCUUCAUUUUCCUCUAUCUUGCUUUUCAAGGAACAUGCUGCGACACAACAAUGUACCUCUACGUCUCCGAAAUCUUCCCUACCGAAAUCAGACCCAUCGGAAUGGGCUUUUCUCUCUUUGGGCAAUUCGCUGCCACACUCAUUCUCUUGCAGACAGCUCCCAUCGGGAUCCAAAACGCCGGCUGGAAGUAUUAUCUAGUCAUAAUCUGCUGGUGUAUCUUCUUCAUACCACUAGUUUACUUCUUCUGGCCUGAAACUGCGCAACUUUCCUUGGAAGAGAUCAGUGCCAAAUUUGGUGAUGAUGUUGCUGUCCACUUUAAUGAUAUACCGGAAGAUCAACGCAGAGGUUUGGAUGAGUUUCUGAAAGGGCAGGAUAUCCUGCAUAUGGAAGAUGAUGGUGAAAUGGGCAAGGCUAGCGUUAGUCAAGUUUAA